GGAGCGGCACGGAGUCGCGCUGUCUCUGGGUGGGAGAAGGAGGAGAAAAGCAAGCUGCAGCUGGUGGCCCGGAAGACCGGGCGGGUGUGCUCUGCAGCUCGGGGUACCGAAGCUUGCCCCCCCAAAAGGAAAGCAGCCUAGGCCUUGACAAGUUUCCUUGGUAUAUGGGAGCCAGAGAAUGGACAGUUGACAGAAUUACCAGACUUAGUGAUGACAUUGUGGACGAGCAGGGUCUUGGCACAAAAUGAAUAUAAUUAGGGAAAAUAAAGAUUUGGCCUGUUUCUACACAACAAAACAUUCAUGGAGAGGAAAGUAUAAACGAGUCUUCUCAGUUGGAACUCAUGCCAUCACAACUUAUAAUCCUAAUACGCUUGAAGUUACAAAUCAGUGGCCUUAUGGAGACAUCUGUAGCAUCAGCCCUGUUGGAAGAGGACAAGGAACAGAAUUCAGUCUCACAUUUCGUAAGGGGAGUGGGAAAAAGUCUGAGACACUCAAGUUUUCUACAGAACACAGAACAGAACUCCUUACAGAAGCACUGAGAUUCAGAACUGAUUUUGCUGAAGGAAAAAUCACAGGAAGGAGAUACAACUGUUACAAGCACCAUUGGAGUGAUACAAGAAAACCUGUCAUUCUAGAAGUGACUCCUGGAGGCUUUGACCAAAUUGAUCCUGCAACUAAUAAAGUCCUGUGUUCUUAUGACUACAGAAAUAUUGAAGGAUUUGUUGAUCUCUCUGACUAUCCAGGAGGAUUCUGUAUACUUUAUGGAGGAUUUAGUAGACUACAUUUAUUUGCUUCUGAGCAAAGGGAAGAAAUAAUCAAAAGUGCAAUAGAGCAUGCUGGCAAUUAUGUUGGUAUCUCUUUGAGGAUAAGAAAAGAACCAUUAGAAUUUGAACAGUAUUUGAGUCUCCGCUUCGGGAAAUACAGCAAUGAUGAAUCUAUUACAUCUUUAGCAGAGUUUGUGGUUCAGAAGAUAUCUCCUAGACAUCAGGAACCAGUGAAAAGGAUAUUGGCUCUUACAGAGACCUGCUUAGUGGAACGUGACCCAGCUACAUACAACAUUGCAACACUGAAACCCUUAGGAGAGGUAUUUGCAUUGGUGUGCGAUUCUGAAAAUCCACAGCUUUUUACCAUAGAGUUUAUCAAGGGACAAAUCCGAAAAUAUUCUUCAACAGAGAGGGAUUCAUUAUUAGCCAGUUUACUGGAUGGAGUAAGAGCAUCUGGCAAUCGAGAUGUCUGUGUGAAAAUGACACCAACAGACAAAGGCCAGCGGUGGGGUCUCUUAAGUGUGCCAGUGGAUGAGGAAGUUGAAAGCCUUCAUCUGAGGUUCUUGGCAACACCUCCAAAUGGCAAUUUUGCAGAUGCUGUUUUUAGGUUCAACGCGAACAUUUCAUAUAGUGGAGUUCUGCAUGCGGUUACACAAGACGGGCUGUUCUCAGAAAACAAAGAGAAGCUAAUAAAUAACUCCAUAACAGCAUUGCUCUCACAAGAGGGUGACAUUUCAGCAUCUAAUGCAGAGCUUGAAAGCCAGUUUCAAGCUGUCAGAAGACUAGUUGCAUCCAAAGCUGGAUUCCUUGCUUUCACUCAGCUCCCAAAAUUUCGAGAACGCCUGGGUGUGAAGGUAGUGAAAGCUCUGAAAAGAAACAACGGUGGAGUAACUCAUGCUUCCAUUGAUAUGCUCUGUGCCCUCAUGUGUCCUAUGCAUGAUGACUAUGACUUGAGGCAAGAACAGCUAAACAAAGCAUCCCUUCUUUCUUCAAAGAAGUUUCUGGAAAACUUAUUGGAGAAAUUUAAUUCCCAUGUGGAACAUGGAACGGGUGCCCUAGUUAUUAGUUCGCUUUUGGACUUCCUUACCUUUGCUCUCUGUGCUCCAUAUAGUGAGACAACUGAAGGGCAACAGUUUGAUAUGCUACUAGAGAUGGUUGCAUCUAAUGGGAGAACCCUGUUUAAGCUCUUUCAGAACCCUUCCAUGGCCAUUGUGAAGGGAGCUGGGUUGGUUAUGAAGGCAAUAAUAGAGGAGGGAGAUAAAGAGAUAGCAACCAAAAUGCAAGAUCUUGCUCUCAGUGAAGGUGCCUUACCUCGUCACUUGCACACCGCUAUGUUUACAAUAAGCACAGAUCAAAGGAUGCUUACAAAUAGGCAGCUGAGUAGACAUUUAGUGGGCCUCUGGACAGCUGAAAAUAAAACAGCUUUGAAUUUGUUGAAGCGUAUUUUGCCAUCAGGCUUGCUGUCAUACCUGGACAGUAGUGACCCAGUUCCUGAAAAAGAUGCUGAUCGUAUGCAUAUUAGGGAUAACUUAAAAAUUGCAAAUGAUCAGUAUGGCAAGUUUAAUAAAGUGCCAGAGUGGCAACGACUUGCAGGAAAAGCUGCUAAAGAAGUUGAAAAGUUUGCCAAAGAUAAAGUGGACCUGGUUUUGAUGCACUGGAGAGACAAAAUGGGAAUAGCACAGAAAGAGGACAGAAACAAUAUGAAUGUUAAUCAAAAGCCAGUAAUACUGAGGAAAAGAAGGCAAAGGAUAAAAAUACAAGCAAACUGGGAGCUUUUCUACUAUAGAUUUCUCCAAGAUCAUGCUAGAUCUAACUUGAUUUGGAAUUUCAAAACACGGGAAGAAUUAAGAGAUACCCUAGAAUCUGAAAUGCGCGCGUUUCAGAUCGACAGAGAACUUGGCAGUGCUAAUGUCAUAUCCUGGAAUCACCAUGAAUUUGAGGUGAAGUACGAUUGCCUGUCAGAGGAAAUAAAAAUAGGGGAUUAUUAUCUGAGAUUAUUAUUGGAAGAAGAUGAAAGUGAAGAAAGUGGAGCAAUAAAAAAAUCGUAUGAGUUUUUCAAUGAAUUGUACCACCGUUUCCUGCUGACCCCUAAAAUAAACAUGAAAUGCCUCUGUUUGCAAGCCCUGGCUAUUGUUUAUAGCAGAUGUUAUGAGGAAAUAGGCCCAUUUGCUGACACUAGAUACAUUGUAGGGAUGCUGGAAAGGUGCACUGAUAGGCUUGAGCGGGACAGACUGAUACUAUUCCUCAACAAGCUGAUUCUCAACAAGAAAAAUGUCAAGGAGCUCAUGGAUUCAAAUGGCAUCAGAACCCUUGUGGACCUCCUCACUCUGGCUCAUCUUCACACAAGCAGAGCAACAGUACCAUUGCAAAGUAAUGUAAUUGAAGCAGCACCUGAUAUGAAGAGAGAGAGUGAGAAAGAGUGGUAUUUUGGCAAUGCAGACAAAGAGAGGAGUGGUCCUUAUAGCUUUCAUGAGAUGCAGGAAUUGUGGACCAAAGGGAAGCUGACUUCAAAAACACGCUGCUGGGCCCAGGGCAUGGAUGGAUGGCGCCCACUGCAGGUUAUCCCUCAGCUGAAGUGGUGUCUGCUUGCCACUGGACAGGCUGUGCUGAAUGAGACCGAUCUCGCUACACUUAUUCUCAAUAUGCUAGUUACCAUGUGUAGCUAUUUUCCUAGUAGAGAUCAGGACAAUGCCAUUAUACGACCCUUACCCAGAGUAAAAAGGCUCCUUUCAGACAGCACUUGCCUUCCCCAUAUCAUUCAGCUAUUGCUGACUUUUGACCCCAUUCUUGUUGAGAAAGUUGCCAUAUUGCUUUUCUACAUAAUGCAAGACAACCCUCAGUUACCUCGUCUUUACCUCAGUGGAGUGUUCUUCUUCAUCAUGAUGUACACUGGUUCCAAUGUACUCCCUGUUGCAAGGUUUUUGAAGUAUACUCAUUCAAAACAGGCUUUCAAGUCUGAGGAGACAAAAGGACAAGAUAUUGUUCAGAGAAGUAUCCUUGGACACAUUCUUCCAGAAGCUAUGGUGUGCUACUUGGAAAACUAUGAACCAGAAAAAUUUUCUGAAAUCUUUUUGGGUGAAUUUGACACUCCAGAAGCCAUUUGGAGUAAUGAAAUGAGGCGCCUUAUGAUCGAGAAGAUUGCUGCCCAUCUUGCUGACUUCACUCCUCGCCUUCAAAGUAAUACAAGAGCACUUUACCAAUACUGCCCCAUCCCAGUUAUCAGUUAUCCUCAACUGGAGAAUGAGCUGUUCUGUAACAUCUAUUACCUCAGGCAUCUUUGUGAUAAACUUCGGUUUCCUGAUUGGCCAAUUAAAGAUCCUGUUAAACUCUUAAAAGAUACCCUAGAUGCUUGGAAAAAGGAAGUAGAGAAGAAACCGCCUACAAUGUCAAUAGAUGAUGCAUAUGAAGUCCUCCAUCUUGCUAAGGGACAGGGACAGCAUGAUGAAAGCAAGAUCAGAAAAGCGUAUUUCAGAUUGGCCCAGAAAUACCAUCCUGACAAGAAUCCAGAAGGUCGAGAUAUGUUUGAAAAAGUGAAUAAAGCAUAUGAGUUUCUGUGCACGAAGUCAGCCAAAGUGGUGGAUGGUCCAGAUCCUGAGAAUAUAAUUUUGAUUUUGAAAGCUCAAAGCAUCCUCUUCAACAGACACAGAGAAGAUUUGGAGCCCUACAAAUAUGCAGGCUAUCCUAUGCUGAUUAAGACGAUCACGAUAGAAACUUCAGAUGACCUCUUGUUCUCCAAGGAGUCUCCUCUGUUGCCUGCUGCUGCUGAGCUAGCUUUCUACACGGUCAAUUGUUCAGCACUUAAUGCAGAAGAAUUAAGGAGAGAGAAUGGAAUAGAGGUUCUUCAGGAAGCUUUUAAUCGCUGUGUUGCAGUCCUGACACGUUCUAGUAAGCCAGAUGAUAUGUCGGUUCAGGUUUGUGGGCAUAUAAGUAAAUGUUACAGUGUGGCAGCUCAGUUUGAAGAUUGCAGAGAGAAAAUAACUGAAAUGCCAAAUAUCAUCAAGGAUCUCUGUAGAGUGCUGUAUUAUGGCAAGAACAUUCCACGUGUGGCUUCUCUGGGAGUAGAAUGUGUCAGCUCAUUUGCUGUGGAUUACUGGCUACAGACACAUCUGUUUCAAGCUGGAGUUCUGUGGUAUUUACUUGGCUACCUCUUCAAUUAUGAUUACACACUGGAAGAGAGUGGUAUUCAGAAGAGCGAAGAUUCUAAUCAGCAGGAAGUUGCUAACAGUCUUGCCAAACUUGGCCUCCUUGCUUUGAGCCGCCUUGGAGGAUAUCUUCCUGGAGAACAAGCUACCCCUGAAAACCCAACUAUCAGAAAAAGUCUUGCAGGCAUGCUGACCCCCUAUAUUGCAAGGAAGCUUGCUGUGGUUAAUCCUACUGAGAUCCUAAAAAUGCUCAACAGCAACACUGAGAGCCCUUACCUGAUUUGGAACAAUCGGACAAGAGCUGAACUCCUGGAGUUCUUGGAAUCUCAGCAGGAAAGCAUGAUUAAAAGAGGUGACUGUGACAAAAGCUAUGGAUCAGAAUUCGUUUUCAGUGAUCAUGCGAAAGAACUUAUUGUAGGAGAGAUUUUUGUUCGAGUUUACAAUGAAGUCCCCACAUUCCAGCUAGAGCAGCCAAAAGCAUUUGCUGCAAGCCUUUUGGAUUACAUAGGCUCACAAGCACAAUACCUUACUACAUUAAUGGCCAUUACUCAGACUGGGAAAGUUGAAUCCAACCAACACGGAGAGAGACUCAGAAGGGUUGAAAUGGCUUUGGAGGCUCUGAGGAAUGUAAUAAAACACAAUCCAGGUUCGGAGUGUGAAUGCAUAGGUCACUUUAAGUUAAUAUUCUCCCUUCUGCGUGUCCAUGGAGCAGGUCAGGUGCAACAGUUGGCUCUGGAGGUGGUGAACAUAGUGACUAGUAACCAAGAAUGUGUUAACAAUAUUGCAGAAGCCAUGGUUCUUUCUAACUUAUUAGCCCUCCUGCAUUCAUUACCUUCAAGUCGACAGCUUGUUCUUGAAACUCUGUAUGCUUUGACAUCCAGUACCAAAAUAGUUAAGGAGGCAAUGGCAAAAGGUGCUUUAAUUUACCUACUUGAUAUGUUCUGCAACUCAACCCAUCCACAGGUUCGAUCUCAGACAGCAGAACUUUUUGCUAAAAUGACAGCAGAUAAGCUGGUGGGCCCAAAGGUUAGAAUUAUCCUUAUGAAGUUCCUACCUGGUGUCUUUAUGGAUGCGAUGAGAGAUAAUCCUGAAGCUGCUGUUCACAUUUUUGAAGGAACACAUGAAAAUCCAGAGUUAAUAUGGAAUGACAACUCCAGAGAGAAAGUGUCUACAACUGUUCGUGAAAUGAUGCUCGAGCACUUUAAACUGCAGAGGGACAACCCUGACACUAACUGGAAGUUACCGGAAGACUUUGCAGUGGUGUAUGGCGAAGCAGAGGGUGAAGUUUCUGUAGGUGGUGUCUUCCUGAGGAUCUUCAUUGCCCAGCCGGCCUGGGUUCUACGGAAACCUAGAGAAUUUCUCAUUGCACUGUUAGAAAGAUUCACUGAACUACUGGAGAAGAACAACCCCCAUGGGGAAGCAUUAGAAACUGUAACGACAGCAACUGUGUGCCUCUUUAGUGCUCAGCCUCAGCUAGCAGACCAAGUCCCUCCUCUUGGUCAUCUUCCCAAGAUUCUCCAGGCCAUGAAUCACAAGAACAAUGCCAUUCCUAAAAGUGCCAUGCGUGUCGUACACAUACUGUCUGAUAAUGAGCUCUGUGUUCGUUCAAUGGCAGCACUAGAGACCAUUGGCCCUGUGAUGAAUGGAAUGAAGAAAAGACCAGAUACUAUUGGCGUAGCCUGUGAAGCCCUCAAUCGGAUGUUUCAAAAAGAACAAAAUGAUCUAGUAGUCCAAGCCUUGAAAGCAGACCUGGUGCCGUAUCUCCUAAAGCUGCUUGAAGGAAUUGGUCUUGAGAAUCUGGAAAGCCCUUCAGCCACAAAAGCUCAGAUUGUGAAAGCCUUGAAAUCUAUGACUCGCAGUCUACAGUAUGGCGAGCAGGUGAAUGAAAUCUUGUCCCGGUCCUCUGUGUGGAGUGCCUUCAAAGAUCAGAAACACGACUUGUUCAUUUCUGAGACUCAAACAGCAGGAUACCUCACAGGACCUGGAGUUGCUGGCUACCUUACUUCAGGGAGGUCUACGUCUGUUAUGCCCAGCGUCCCACCUCCGGUAGACCACGAAGCUAGAGAUACCAGCUAAAGGACAUGAAAUGCUGGUGAAAAAGACUCCAAGGUAGACGGGCUAGUGAUGAGGAAGGCCCCAUUCCUUGGUCUAAACACAUUCUGCCUGUCUUUCCAGUUUCAUUACAGUGUUAUUCCUUUUUCUAUGAAUAUAUUUUUUUUAGAAGAAAAAGUUCAGAAAUCUAUCACAUUGUAACAUAAGAAGAAAGUACUCUGUGGAUCAGCCUAAAUGGGUACACAAGAAUUUUUUUUCUUGCUGUACGGAAGCACAUUUUGUUCCUUUAUAUUUUUGUUUACAAGACUGUGAAUCAAACACUUUUCCUAGUUUUUUGUAUUUUAUGAACUAGCAUGACUGGAGUUGAACUACAGUCUCGAAGAAUUGGGCUAAAUCACUUGAUCCUCCCAACCUCACUAGAAGAACAUUUCCCUUACUAUUCUCCAAGUUGGAUGUGAUCAUCCUCCCUAAACUUGACUGACUUGGUGUUUGCCUAUGUCUUCAAUCAUUAACAUUACCUUCAUGAAACCUUAUGAGAUAUUUGUAUGUAUAACUGGCUUUACCAAAUUGAAAAAUUAAAAAGCAGCAAAAAACUAUUUAAAAAUGAUGUUAACACGUUAUAUAAAAGCAUAGUGUAAUUGUGAUAUGUUCUAUACAUUAUCCAGUAUAUAAAACUUUCUAUAUUGAAUGUACAUUAUACAGAUCAUUCAUAUGUACAUAAAAUUUUAAAAAAUAAAGGGAACUGAAAGCCUUGUUAAUGA